AUGUCAGCCACCAGUGGUCUGAGUGCCCCUUCCCCAGAAGAUGAUCUUCCACCUUCUUCCUACGACGGAAGCCACCUCCCAUGGAAGACAUUUCGUCAACAGGUCCUUGCACAACAUCGCAUCAGAGUGCUGGAAUCUGCGCCCAAAGAAAAGCUGCCUACAGAGCUCCUGGGGACGAUCGAAUCUGAGCUAGUCAACGCCGUCAAAUAUGAACCGCAGAAGGAGCAAUUCCGCGAUCAGGUCAUCAACGGUCGAGGAUUUGGACCCUCGCCGCUCUUCCCUCCCAAUCUGCUACCACCUAUCGAUGACGAACCCCGCCUGGCUCGCUGCAUGGUCCCCGCUUUCAGCAGAGAGGCCCUUCCCGAGCGUGCUAUCAAUCAGAUAGGGCCGCUCUACGAACUGAGCGUCCCCCGCAGUGGCCUAGGGUGUGGAUUUGCUGCCUCAGCCCUCACAGGUGAGGAGCUAGCUGUCCUGCCUUCGUGGCUGGUGACGACAGGGACUAUUGUCCACUUUGACACAGGGUAUAUCUCGCCUGGAGCUGCACUCUAUUGCCCCUUUCUGGUCUUUGAACGCACAUGGGGCAACAAAGAGAAUCGCCUCGAAGCUGCCAACAAUCAAUGUGCUAUCGGCGGUGCAUGGUGUGUCAGGGCUCUUCAGAUGCUGUAUGCCAAAGCCUGGAAAGGAGAGAUGAUGCCAGAAUUACCCAUCGCCUUCUCAUGUUCGAUCGACAACACAUUUGCAGUUCUGAACAUGCACUGGAUUGAUCACGGCCAAGUAUAUUGCAUGUCACCACUUUGCAAGUUUGAUCUCAGCAAAGACGACCACUUCAGCAGUUUCCUCGUCUGGAUUGAUUCCAUCGGUAAAUGGGGUGUCUCUCAUUUGCUUCCUGUCGUCAAAUCCGCUCUGGAGCGUUUGCGUGCAAAAGAAGACACACCACCACCAACCCCGCGGGCAGCCAGGCUGACUCUCGACACAGCAUGUCCGAAUGACUUGCUGAUCAGAUCCCUGAAGCAGACCUUUGAAAACAUUCCCUGGCGCUUCGAGGAUGAUGAGUUCACACCCGUCAGCAGUAGCACUGCCAGCUGGGGCAGCCCAAUGGUCACUGACCUAACAUUUGCAAACCUCAACUAUCCAUCUGUCCCCGCCGCUAGACCACACGGAGGCACGCCAACUUCUGCUGUCCAGAGAAAACAAUUCAUCGCAAACUGGUCGCAAUAUCCAAGCCCUCCACCAGCAUACACACAGAAUAGUGAGCUGGUGUGGCAGAAACGCCUCAACCACGCCAUGGAUGAGAUCCACGACCUGCAACGUCAAAUCCAAGUCCUGAGGAACGAUUUCAGUACAUCCACCACAUCCUGUCAGAGCGAGCUGUCUGACGUAAAGUCAACGAUGACCUCUGUCCUUCGAAAGGAAAACCUUACUCUGCGGAACAGAUCGCUUUCUCUCGGCGUGCAGGAGACUUGGUCGAUGCAAAACUUUCCACGGAGUCCCCUCGUCAACGAAGUUCUUCCAGAAUUCGUGGUCGACAAGACUUCGAUACCUCCACGAAAUAGGACCUUUCACCCUCCACCGUCCCCAAAGCUCCUCCCCCAAAGUCUCCAAUCUCACGGGCCUCCCUCGCCUGGCCUCCCAUCCCCCGGUAUGCCCUCACCCACCUUCUCGAUCUACAGUGAGACCACCAACAUCGUCACCAUCCCGCCUGCCCCGCCCCGGUCGGCGUCUUUGUUCAAAUUUGCAACUCUUAUGGUAUCAGGACAUAUGGCCAGCAUGUUCAUCCCCAACAUACUAUUGCGGGUCUUCGUCUUGGGUUGCAUCACCGACGUGUGCAUCCUGGCCUUUGCCAGCCCUCACCUGCCCAGCUCUGCGGAGUAUCUUCUGUCAUUCUUGAGAUCGCGUUGA